UUGCCUGAAGAAGAGCGAGCGCCUAAACAUGCAGUGGUUAGUUGGUUGAAAUCAUAUUUCAAUGCACCUCUGGACUGCCUUAAAAUGACUUCACCUCCUAUAUGUCCUACUGUGUUUUUAGGAAAGGGAACUUUUACAAAAAAGGUUUGGACAACUUUAAUGUCAAAUGUGACCAUUGGCAAAACACUAUCUUAUGGUGAAUUAGCAAAGCUUUGUGGCAAUGGAGCUGCAUCAAGAGCCGUUGGAUCUGCAAUGAAGAAUAAUCCAAUUCCUUUGCUCAUUCCGUGCCAUAGAGUUGUGAAGUCUGAUGGUAGCAUCGGUAAUUUUUCUUGUGGUGUUCAUGUUAAAGAAUGGCUACUUAAUCAUGAAAAUAGCCUUGUCGAAUAGAAGUUAUAAGAACUCAAAUUCUGAAAUAUCAAUGUUAGGGAUUUAUUAAAAAAUUGAGUCUGAAAAAAAUCAUUUUUUCAGACUCAAUAUGUAUAAUGUUUCAGAUUAUUAUUAAAGUAUUUUGUAUUAUGCUUUCAAAAUUUGAUAUAAAAUAU